AUGGUGUUUGAAGUUCAACCCGCUGAAAGUUUCCCACCAUUUGAAAGAAUUGAUGAAAGUUUCGCCGUCACCAUAACAUUUCCAACAACUUUUCUUUUAAAUCAGCUCACACCUUUGAAAUUUUUGAAAGUAAAGAAAAAAGAACAAUUUGAGACAUCUGAAGCGAUGAAAAAUGUUGAAAUAAAAAGGAAACUGUUAAGCACUUAA